GGGUCAUAAAUCAUAAUUACCAAUUCAUAUAGGUUUUCAAAUUUUAAUCUUUUGACAAUAUCUCAGCCACCACCGACCGCCACGCUCUUCUGUUCUGCUCAGAUCUGCCGGUUGCUGUAUAGACUGUUCCGAUCAGCUUCGCCGGCGUUCUCUCUGUUUCUCCACAAACACAAGCAAGGACGACAACUUUCUACCUUUCUCGCCGUUUGCUGUUCUGAACAGAUCUGCCGGUGCCCAUUUUUUAUGCUUACCGAUUGUUUAUUCCGAUCAGCUUCACUGGCGUUCUCUCUGUUUCUCCACAGACUUGAGCAAAGGUCACAAGUUUCUACCAGUCUCGCAACGUGUUCUGAUCAGAUCUGCCGGUGCGGGUUUUUUAUACUUACCGAUUGUCUAUUCCGAUCAGAAUCGCCAUCUUUGUCUCUGUUUCUCCACAGACGCGAGCAAAGACGACAGUUUUCUACCUGCCUCGCCGUUUCCCUUGUGGUGUGAUCAGAUCUGCUUCCGAUCGUCUAGGCCGUUCACCUCUCUGUUUGAUGAGGGUUAAAAGGUUCCAGAAUGCACAGAGCCGGUCGUCGGCCCAAAUAUCCUCUGCCGCUGCUGAAAUCAUUGGCAGUAACGACGACCUGGUGGUGGAGAUCCUUGUGCUUCUGCCGCUGAAAUCUGUGGUUCGAUUCAAGUCCGUCUCGAAAACAUGGUUCUCUCUAAUCUCCAGUCCUACUUUCCCUCUCCUCUGGCAACAGCGGCAACGACAAUCCCAUGAUCCCAAAAUCUCCGGUCUUUUCUUCACCUGUAAAUCCCGAAAUCAAAUCAAAUACAUUCCUCUCAAAGGCACAGAUGAUGGUGGAAAAAACAAGUCUUUAGCUCGCUUUCCCAAUAUGUAUACUGUGGAUAUUACAAUCAUAGACUCCUGCAAUGGUUUUCUACUCUUGUGUUUAGAACCAAACUAUUUUUCCCGAUCCUACCAAGUUUUCAAUCCUACUACCAAGCAAUCCCGGACGCUUCCCUGGCCCUUUUCCCUUGCUAGAUAUCCUCCUGACCCUCUAUAUUUGGCUUUUGAUCCUUCCAAAUCAAUUCAUUACAAAGUUGUUUUGCUCAAGAGAUUACACGAGGUGAAGGUCGAUUUUUUGUAUCAAAUUCAUGUCUAUUCGUCACAAACCAAUGCAUGGCGGAGACCCUCAGGUGAUCAUCAUUCUUUCUCCUCAAGCGGAGUGGACUUGGGUAAUGGAGUCUAUUGCAAUGGUUCAAUACAUUGGAUUUCCUUCUGGCCAGAUAAACCUUCCAAAUACUUUGAUGUUGAUCAAGAAAGAGUGUUUCCAAUGCCAUCUUCACCAGAAAUGGUUUUUAAUGGAUUACGGCAUUUCGGGGAGUCUAGAGGUCAUUUGCAUCUUACUGGGCGAAGUGUUUAUGGUACCAUAUUUGAUAUUAAAGUCUGGGAGAUGGAAAGCGAUUACUCCAAGUGGUCAUUGAACUAUCAACUUAACUUUAACAUGAUGCUUAAUUUUGUAUCACAGAAGAUGAUCGUACCGCGAACAAUGUCUGUGCUUGGUUUAAUUCAUGGAAAAGAUGAAGCAGAUGUGUUUUUGGUGUUAUUUGUGGGCACCAAUAUGAUCAUCUCCUACAACAUUAAGGAUGACACCUUUAAGAAGCUUCAUGAUGUAGUACAUCAUCCUGGUUCUUCUUCCCAGGAGCUUAUGCAGCCUGAAAGCUGUAGCGUCCAUCCAUACAUUGAGACAUUACUCCCACCUUGACCAACAGUACAUUUCUAGUUACUUGGAUUGGGUGUUUGUUCAUUGUUUUGUAACUUUAACUUCAAUCUCGAAAUCUAUUUAAUUUACAUUAAUAACCUGUCCUACUA